AUGGUGAAAUUUACACGAAGGAAAGUCAGGAAUAAAUUCUACUCAAAUCGUAGGAAAUUAGCCAAAAGGAAAGUCAAAGACCUUCCAGAUUUACAACUUCAGUCCACCGACAAUGUUUAUGUCUCUGAAUCACUUACACCAUACAAGAAAAGGGUCUUUGCUAAUGUUAACAAGCUCAGAAAACAUAUGAAAUGGAAGUAUAUAUGGACAAACAAUGCUAGAAUCUACAUCAAGGAUGGGGAAAAUGCAGAAGAUGCCAUAAAUAUCAUCGAUACCGAAGAAGACCUGGUGAAAUUUCAAAAUAGACAUUGCUGUUAG